AUGACACUGCUGGCCUCCGAGAAGUCGCUUCUCAUCCGGAACAAGUUCCGCUCAGUCCUGCAGUUGAGGAUUCAGAACCGAAGGCAGAGUGAAAUCAAUGCAGACCCUGGGUUGAAACCUACUUGCCCCCCUCAAAAAGCAGAGAAAGACCAGAGUGAAGCUCUGCGUCUAACUGAAGAUGGUGCCGCUCAGAAGUUGCCCCCUAGUGGUCUGAAAACUGAAACUGCACAAGAGAGGACUGUGUGUGGGGCCCACAGGCAGAAGAAGGCUCGCCAGGUGCAGGACCUCACUGAGAGGAUCCACCAAUGUCCGCCUGGACCUGAGGAGCAACAGCAUGAACACACUCUGUCCCUGGAGAACCGUCCUAACUCUUUCCCUCUGUCAGCUGAUGUCUUCGAAGAUGACAUCUCCUCCUGCUCCCCCUCCUCGCCCACUGAGCAACACGGCGUUCACCAAUCACCAGCAUUUUCUUCUUUGCCAGGGCUCUCAGGUGACCAAUUAUUGAGUGACUUCUCAGCUGUGGGCCCGGGCCUUAACCACAGCCCAAGUCAUGCUCAGUCUGGUUUGGCGUUGCUCCCGGCAACCGAGGGCAUCAGACAACCGAUGAGUGUAACACUGGGUGAACCAAACUCCAUGUCAACAACUGGGAGACCAAAUGGAAUAUAUCUGACCUCUCAGUCCACACCCCUGCUGCCAAAGACAGCUCAGGUUCCCAGCCCCACCUGCUCGUCUUCCCUGCCCACCUCCCUCAACUUAAACCAUCUCCCCCGUCCACGGAAACCGCGGGACACCAAACCCAAAAUGAGGAAACUCAAGUAUCACCAGUACAUUCCUCCAGACCAGAGGGGAGGGCCUGGGACUGGAGGUGGAGGAGCCAAACAGAAGAGCCCUACUCCUACCCAGUAUUUAGACCCUGCCUAUUCCCAUCUCUUGAAGCAGCAGCAGGUCUUCCUCCAGCUGCAAAUCCUCCAGAACCAGCAGCAGCAGCAGCAGCAACAACAACAACAACAACAACAACAACAACAAAAACAACAACAACAACAGCUCACUGUUGUGCCAAGGGGAGAUCACAAUGAUCUUGUGAAGACUUCUGGAGCCAUGCCCCUGAAUCCCCAACCUGUUCCUGCCACAACAUACCACACCCCUAUGGACACAAACCCUGCGUCCCAGCCUGAGCUUCUCCCUGCUAAUCUUGUUGAUCUAACAGUGUCAGAGUUGCGGAAGCAGCUGAGGAAGCGUGGCCUCCCUGUCUCCGGGACCAAGCCCGCUCUUUUGCAGCGUCUCCGCCCCUUCCAGCUUCCCCACUCUUGCCUCACCCCUACUCCCCUCUGCCAGCUGGGUACCAGCUUGGAGCCCCUCACCCCCUGCACCCCGCUGCCACUGAGCCAGAGCCCCGGCUCAAGCUCCAGCUCAGGUCUAGACUCGCCCAGCAGGAGCCCGAACCAACAGAUGUACAUCCCGGACAGGGGAAUUCCUAAUGGGAUUCUCAGUGACACUUCAAAUGGAAUUCUGAAUACUGUGCCGAAUAGUUCCUCGAAUGCUGUGUCAGUCAGUUCGGCAGGUGAACAGUGUGGUCUUACCAACGCUGUUUUCCUGACUCCUGCAAGCACUGCCUCAGGAACUCCAAGUCCCAGUCUACCCAUGUCGUCCUUCUCACCCCUGCAGUGUGAGACUCCCUGGAGAACUGAGAACAAGCAGCAGCAACAACAGCAACAGGAGUUGAAUGUGGAGCUGGAGAUGAGGGAGCGGUUAAGGAGCAGGCCUAGGGGCCGCUCCACCAACACUGGCAAUGAGUCUUGUGGAGGAUCCCUUCAUCCGUUCCUGCAACAGGAUCCUGGAUACUCUGUAGACAAGCCAGAAACGGACACACAGACAGAGGUGUUGUUUACACAGGUGUUUUGCUGCCAACCGUGUGAUGUGAUUGGCCAGGAUUUUGAGCUGCCAGUGCAGAUUACAGCGAGUCCUGUUCAGACCUUGCCCAGUGUUCGCAGCUUGGAGGAUGAACUGCAGGAGGCUAUACAGAAAGCACAGAUGGACCCUCGGCAGUCCAUAGAUGACAUUCUGGAUGAGCCUAUGACUUGUGUUGCCUCUGUCAAUGUCUGUGAUCAUAAAUCCCCUCCCCACUCAGUCCCCGGCCCGUCACCUCCUCCUCCGCCUCCUCAAGCCGAUCAGAUACAGGCCUCUCAGCAGUACAGUAAGGAUGACAACUUCUUGCCAUCACCUCUUUGCUCCUCUCUCUUGCUGGAGCUCCCUCCAUCUCCUGCUGUAAUAAACCCCAGCCAGGUGAUGCCAGCCCCUCCUCCACCCCCCAUCUGUACCUCCCCUCUGCCGUCCACUGGGAAGUCACGGAAACGACGGGCUCCGAAACUGUUUGAUGCUGCUGACUGGCUUGAAACGCUUACGUCUGGCCUCCGCCCUCUUACUCCACCAACAGCUCCUUUUGUUGAAUCAGACUUCAGUCUGGAAACAGAUCUUAAUGUUAGUCGAGUGUUGGAUCUAAUGAUAGAGCAGUGGUGAGGUCUUGUGUGCGCGUAUCUGUUUGGAAUUCCUUUGUAUGUACAGUAGGUCAAUGGUCAUGAAUGGGGCAAACUUUAUGCAUCACCCCGAGGGCACAAGAUCGUGAAUAGCCUCCAUUCAUCCAUCCAUUCAUUGUUGAAAGGCUGUCAGAGUCACUGGCUCCACGCAAUGUCGAGAGCUGGAUUCAUUGCUAGCUUUGAUGGGCAACAAGAGCACACAUGCACACAUAGACACUGCAGAGCACUGUUUAAAAGCACUUGGGCUCAGUCAGAAAUGGCAAACAAGCAACACAUCUGUGGAUUGACACACUCCACGGCACAAUGUUUGCAGUGCAAAACAAAAUAAAACCUGGUGGCAUAUUAAUUUAAACAUGCUUCCUGGCUGCGCUAGGAGAAUGUUGUUUCUGACUUAUCUCCAAAACCCGUUGUCGGAUUGGGUUGAGUGUGGCCCCUGGUGUUGACUCAGUCAUUGAGUCCCAGCCAUUCAUAAAGCCCAUUUAGAGUGUGUAAAAGCCAGACAGAGCACACAGCUUGUGUGUGGCUCCAGACCUUAACCCCGGUGCCAGACACACAGUCGGCAUGCAGAGGGAGAAAGCUGGCAGAAUCUUCAAACAAGCAGUGUGUAUGCGUGCUUGUGUACGUGCAAGUGUGUGCGUAAGCUUGUGUGUAUGCGCGUUAAGUAUGUGUGUUCAAUAUGCCUGACUGUGCACACAUGGUUGCUUUUGUUUGUAUGUGUCAACACCCAAAUGCUUCCAUGUAUAUUUAUAAGCAUUAAUGCCAAAUGCACUUGUAGUUAUUUGCUUACAAUUAAGUGUGCGUGUUUUUGCAUAGUAUGACAGAUCUAUGAAAGGAUACAUGUGAAAGACAUGGAAAAGAAGCUGUGGAUUUCUGUGUCCGUAUUUCAGACCAGACAUUUCAUUGUAGUCUCAUUGCCAGCAGGCAGUAACUCCAGUGUAGUUAUCCAGUGUAAUCAUCAGAACAACCACAUUACCUUGUUCAAGUCACCGUUCUCCAGGAGAGCAAUCAGGCAACCACCCCAAAAAUAGUCCCUAUACAAAUGCACCAAUCAGACAAGUGAGAGUUUCCUCAUCGUUUUGCAAAAACAGGUGGUCAUUUUGUUCCCUGAUUAACCCCCAACAGUGUCUGGCCCACUGCACAGUGCUUACCCUGCUACUAGGAAAGCCAAUUUAUAGCCCAACCCCAUGGCCACACCUGUUCACUUAGUGUGAAUUAAUUCCACAAAUGUUUUAUUUGACAUUUUUAUGUUAAACUUCUGCUGUACAUUUCAAAACGACCAUUUAUAUUUAGAGAAAAUGCACUGUAGAAUUAGCGCAAAAAUAAUAUGUUCGGAGAAUAUGUAACAUGUCACAUGACCAGAGGUGAGCUUGUCAAUUGAAGCUGAAACAUUAAAUGCUGCACAUUUUCUUAAUGAUGACAGUAAGCAUUAUAUUCUACGUGAUUUAUUGGUCAUGCAGAAAUGGGCACAUUAUUUGUUUGCAUAAUACUCUUUCAGUGAGUUAUGUCCAUUCUCAACCCCACUUAACAUAAUGACAUCAAUAAAAAAAAUCUGACAGAGGUUAGCUGCCAUUAACCUCUGCUGCACCAGAUAAAUGUAAUUUAGAUACAAGAUCUCAUAUACAUGAAGUGAUAUUCUGCCCUUAAUUUGCUGCAUGUCCCAUCAAUCAUUUUAUAGUGUUCUGAUUGGAUCAGUCAUAUCAGGAACAGUUGUAUCAUUUAACGACUAAAUGGAAGUCCUUCUGUAAGACCACUUUAUUUUGAAAAAAAGGAAGGUUUUUUCUUUUUCCUCAGUACUGUGUUAAAAUAAAGGUUAAUAGCUGAGUGCAAUAUGAUGUGUGUAAAAGGCACAUAAACUGGCAGAUCUGAGGUCAUAGUAUGUUUAUGUCAUGUUUUUUGUAUGCAAACAUUUCUGUGUUGCUGCUGGCCAGUUCCUUGUUCUGAUGAUGAGCCGGUGUCUUAGUAAGCAAGACUGCCACGGUAAAUUAUUGGAAGAAGAAAUCUGUGCAUAGGCAAACCCUCAACGCACAGUGUUAUGUUGAAGCAAUUGUUGUACAGCUUUCACUACAGAGACUAUGAAAAAUGCAGUUAAAUGUGGAUGAUGGCUGUGAUAAUCAUAGCCAUCAAUACACAUUGCCUGCUGCAUAAAUGAAAAAAUAAAAAAACAAAGAAAAUUGGUAGGCAGGAGAGUAAGAUGCUACCUCCUGUGACUUUCAGUGCUUCAGGUCCGACAUCAGUGUUUUCCUUGUUACUUAUUUCAUUUCCGAACACUGGUGCAGAGUUUCCUGGAACACUCUUGAGACAGUUUCAUAGCUUUUAUACUUCUAUUUUAAACUGGGUUCAAAACUGACCUGAUCUAGAUUUAAAGCUGGUUAAAACAGACGGGAAACACUCGGGUGUUUCAGGUAACUGAGACUCUUUUGGCCACUCCUGCUGCUAUAAAUGCCUUAUUGUGAAAAUGUGAGAGAAAAUAAAAUGUGUUAGCUUUUAUUUAUUAUGUAACUUAUUCCUGCAAAAGAUAUCCAUC